AUGGAUGGCAUGGAGCGGUUCGCGUGUCCCACACCUGAUGUGCAGGGACGAUAUCGUUGCAUAGACGAUCACGUGCUAUGCGACGGCUUCAUCGAUUGUCCGGAAGGUGAAGAUGAAGAYCGAAGAUCGUGUAUGUUCUACAAAACGGUCAAAGCUCACCUAGACGUUUUGGCGGAUGCGCUGUUACGCUGGGCGCGAGGACGUUAAAAAACCACAACAUAARCCAUACACGUAGUAAACACAACAUAAACUCGCCUUCCUAUGCAUAAAUGCAAACAGAACAGAAAAACAACAGAAGAAACACUACACAUCCGAAGCAACACAAAUAGAUAUGUGACUGCUAGCACUCACAUAAUCAACACAUAAACAACGACCAGCACCACCGCAGCUAAAUUGAAAGCGCAAAAAACACGACRAAACACAAAGCGCCAAACAAACCGAAAGUCAAAUAACUAAUUAUGCCGCAAAAUCAUACGGAUGGACACUGAGRCACACACACAUACACAAACACAAACUCCUACACGCAUGGUCGCAUAUGAAAGUGCAACAGAAUAAGAGAGAUAGAGCGACAGUUAGACAAUGCGAGAGAGAGAGAGGUGACGAGCGAGCGUAAUAGUAGUAUUGUUUGUAAAAAGCUGUAAAAGUAUUGUCAAAAUAACGAAAUA